AUGACCACGCCAACGGGACACAAGUACGAAGGAGUCAGAUUUGAAAAGGGAAACUGCGGGGUCAGCAUAAUGAGAAGUGGAGAGGCGAUGGAACAAGGUUUACGAGACUGCUGUAGAUCAAUCCGCAUAGGAAAAAUCCUGAUACAGAGCGACGAGGAGACUCAGCGAGCGAAAGUGUACUACGCUAAGUUUCCACCAGACAUUUACAGGAGAAAAGUUCUUCUGAUGUACCCAAUACUAAGUACCGGUAAUACCGUCAUCGAGGCUGUCAAAGUCCUUGUAGAGCACGGCGUACAACCGAGUGUCAUUGUCCUGAUAAGCCUAUUCUCCACACCUCACGGUGCCAAAUCUAUCAUCCAGGAAUUCCCAGAGAUCACAAUUUUAACUACCAAAGUUCAUCCUGUUGCACCAAAACACUUCAGACAGAAGUACAAGGAACCGACUGACACACUCAGAACAAACAAUAUGACUGUAUGA